UUUCCUUAUCGACCAUGCCUGGACAUACCGUGUUGAACAUGCACACCAGCAGCUGUUGCACGUUCCCGGUCUGCUUCACAGAAUGGCAAACCUCAUGGGAAUAGACUUUCACGGAGAGGUCGCGGAUGAGGGAGCUAUUGAGCAGGUGUUGCAAGAAAUGUGGAAAUACAACCAGACCUACCAGCUGUCUCAAGGGACUGCAGAGGAGAAGGUUCCUGUCUGGUAUAUUAUGGAUGAAUUUGGAUCCCGAAUUCAGCAUUCAGAUGAGCCUACCUUUGCAACUGCACCUUUGUUUUACAUUCCUCAGCAAAUUGCUUACACGGUUCUCUGGCCUUUAAGGGACCUUGAAACUGGUGAGGAAGUGACUCGUGACUAUGCCUAUGGGGAAACUGAUCGUUUAAUCAGGAAGUGUAUGUUGUUGCCAUGGGCGCCUGCUGACGUAUUGGAUGUGAACUAUUCUACACCAGAACCAUCAGAAGAUCACUACCAGGCUAUUUUAAACAAAAACAACGAGAAACUACCUGUGGCUAUAAAUCCACCAGUUUAUGACAAGAAUAAAAUUUUCAAGGUCUACACAGACCUUCCCCAAAUCCUUAACAACUUGAAACAUCCACGUUUUGAGUUCACUGAAGAUGAGGGAGAAGCAGACAUCCUCUACAACUUUUCCCACUUCAAAGAUUACAGGAAACUAAGUGAAGAGAGGCCCCAUGUGAUGUUGAAUCAGUUUCCAUGUGAGAAUCUCCUGACAGUCAAGGAUUGCCUAGCAUCCAUAUCUAGACGAGUUGGAGGGACGGAGGGGCCAAAAUGGCUGCCUCGUACUUUUAACCUUCACACGGAAUUACCCCAGUUCAUCAGCUAUUUUCAGCAACGUGAGAGGAGGGGAGAAGACAAUCACUGGAUAUGCAAACCAUGGAACUUGGCCAGAAGCCUAGACACCCACAUCACCAACAAUCUUAACAUCAUCAUCAGGCACAGGGAAAGCAGCCCGAAGGUAGUGUCUAAGUAUAUUGAGAGUCCAGUAUUGUUUCAUCGGGAAGAUGUGGGGAUGGUUAAAUUUGACAUUCGUUACGUUGUGCUUCUGCGAUCCGUAAAGCCACUCAAGCUGUAUGCUUAUGAUGUUUUUUGGCUGCGGUUCUCAAAUCGCGCAUUUUCACUUGAUGACUUGGACGACUAUGAGAAGCAUUUUACUGUCAUGAACUAUGCUUCUGGUGUAACCUUAAAACAGGUUCACUAUGAUGAAUUUAUUCCUCUGUUUGAGAAGCAAUAUCCUGAAUAUUCCUGGAAAACUGUGCAAGCAGAGAUUUUUAAGGCAUUUGCUGAAUUAUUCCAAGCUGCUUCAGCUAAACCUGCACCGUUUGGCAUCUGUGAUUAUCCAUCAUCGCGAGCAGUAUAUGCCAUUGACCUGAUGCUUAAGUGGGAUACUACCAGAGAUGGGAAAAGAACUAUGCAACCUCAGGUCCUGGAGGUGAACUUCAACCCUGACUGUGAUAGAGCCUGCAAAUACCACCCUACCUUUUUUAAUGAUGUCUUCAGCACCCUAUUUCUGGAUGAAACAAAUAAUUGUCAUGUGACAUACGUUGUUUAGGCGUAGAAGGCGCGACUUGGUUAUUUGUUUCCUUUACAGAUAUGCUUAACAGCAAUAUUUGCAUAAGCAGCUCAUAGAACUGAAAUAUAAUUAUUUUCCUAUAAUGGUAAUGAAGAAAAACUUUUAUCAUCAGAUGAAUGGGCAUAUACUGUACUUGUAAUCAGUAGUCUGCGUUUUCUUGUCUUGUUUAGUUCUAAUCAUCAACUUAUGUUGACUUAAAUGUCUUAUUGAAGCUCAGAAAAGUAUAAUAGUAACUAGAGCAAUCAGCUGUUGUUUCUUAGGUAGCCUAGUAUACCUUAUUUGCAUAGCAGGAGUGUUGUACAAAUUUUCUGUGCCUGCAUUAGAGUAAUAAUUUCUUGUAUCAAAAUGUUUGAGGUCAUGCAUCACUCUUCCUCUCUGUAUAAUACCAUUGUCUUCAAGCACUAAUAUGCUUUAUUCCACAAAUUGAUGUAAAGCAACUUACUUUAGGGUUGCAUCUGAUAACUCCAAUGAGUGAACAUUUAUUAAGCUUGUUUUUAAUAAAGUAUUACAGCAACAUUAGAGUUAGUUUUUUCAAUUAAAGGUCACUAUACUUUCUCAAAAACUAGUUAUAGCUGCUGUCAUCUUUUUAAAGUUGAAUGAGGUCUAUGAAUAUAUCCCAAUCUAGUAGUUUUGAGCUGUUUAGCAUGCAUGAUAAUGCUAAAAUUAGAUGGAAACUGUAGCUCCUCUAUCACAUAUCAAACAAUUCAUUCCUUUUGCAAUGCAGUUAAGGUUGAAUAUUAUCCGGCAAAAUUCUCAUUGAGGUCAAUGGGAGUCUUGCCUAUCUAAGGAUUUGAUCUCCGAUAGCAAAAUGAAUAAUUAAUGAAGAACUGCAGUUCAAUGAGAUAAUGGGGAGGUCAGAGGGGUGGUUUAGGGGCCAUUACAAUUGCCAAAGGUCUGAAAAGACAUGGAACAGUAUUUUAUUUUGAGUCAACAAUGCAAGAACGAAGGAUCCUUUUAAUCUUUGGCAAUGUCUGUAUCAAAAGCUAUGGCUCAGAAUUUUACCCCUUCCUAAGUAGUACUGGCCAAAUUAAACUGUUUGUGUGUACUGAGGAACAGUUCACAUUAGUAUUCUGCUUUAGCCAACACAAGUUACACUAUUGUCAAACAAGCUAUUGGGCUUACUAUGGGGGUAAUUGGGUGAAAUUUAAUGGCCUUCAGCCUAGAUGAUAUAAGGGUCUCUUCUAACAAACUCGAAGACUUCAACAUCUUACACUAAACCUUAGGGAUAUUUUACAUUGUAUAUGUGCAUUAUUUAUUUCUUGAAGUCUUAUAGCAUUAAAGGUAAUAUUAGUUAACUUUUAUUUUUUGAUAAACGUAACAAAAACUAAUCAAUUUCAAAUUUUAAGCAAAGUGUAAAAAUUUUAAACAAUCUUAACCUGCAGCAAUCAUAGAUAGCUUCUAGCACUGAUAUCACCUUGCACUAAUAUCCAGGAAGGAAGGAAUAUCCUCUGAAGAAGUGAGCUGUAGCCCACGAAAGCUUAUGCUGAAAUAAAUUUGUUAGUCUCUAAGGUGCCACAAGUACUCCUGUUCUUUUUGCGGAAUAUAACCAGUUAUCUUUCAAUCUUCAUGUAGAAAAGGGUUGAUCAUGCCAUAGAACUACUUUUUUUUUUUUUAAAGCAAAUCCUCCUAAUGUUCAGUCUGAAGAACUAAUGUCUGCCAAGCACUACCACAUAAUAUUUCAGAUUUCUAAGAAGCUUAGUUUAAAGUUGUUUGAUAUACCUAGGAAACAUGGCAAUGAAGGAGAGAGGCAAUUUCAGGGUAUCUGGCCAUAAAAUGGGCAAGUGAAAAUCAGUCACUGCUGGUAAUUGCUGUGGAUCUGGGGCAAAGAGGAAGGUUUAAAUCCUAAUUGUGUAAGGGGGGACCGGGAAGCAGGGUCAUAAAAGUAGUAGUAAUGUGCUAGCAAUAGAGGAAAGGUAAAACUUCCUGUCCCAGGUACCUUCUACAAAAAGUUCCUGUUUCUAGUUCAGCCAUUUACAACUCAAUGUCUUCUGGUUUAAUGCUGCAACACUAAUCUUGAAGCAGCAGAAACAUCUUGUACCUGUCUCCAAGCAGCUGAAGGAGGAACAGAUAAGCAGGUACCUAGGUAAAUAUUUUAGCAGGAUGGUCAUAAGAUGCCUGUAUAUUUGAUUGGGGCCACCAGCAGCCAGACAUCCCUCCAGGGGAGGCAGAUUGCUCUGAUGAUAGCUGAGAAUACUAGCAGUCUGGUAGCGAAGCAUCCAGGUUCCAAGCAGAGCAGGUUAAAGGCACUAAUUCCUUUUUUUGUGAUUUUAUUUAUUUUUAUUUUUU